AUGGCGCUUGUAUCAUUGCUAUCCAUCGCGCCGUUUCUCACCGUAGCGUACACCCGGGAAAUCACUUUUCCCCCCGUCUCAGGAUAUGCAUCUCAGCAGGUUAUUCCUCAGGAACUAUUCGAAUCUGAUGUCACUCAAGCAAAGUUUGCAGGGCUAACGACAUAUGCUCACCUGCCAUAUGUGCAUUGUCUCGCGCCUGAAGGAGACGAUGUUGAGCCGUUUGACAUUGCUAUCCUUGGUGCGCCAUUCGACACUGCUGUAACCGCUCGUCCGGGAGCGCGCUUUGGCCCGAGUGGCAUUCGAGCUGGAUCACGUCGGAUAGGUCCCUUGUGGAGCGUUUAUACUGGAGAAAACGUCUUCUUCGACUGGGCCAAAAUAGUCGACUGCGGUGACGCUCCAUUGACUUUCUUGGUAAUGCUACCCGUGUACAACACCAAACACAAGAUUGACUCAGAAAUAAAACAGGACAACACAGUAGCUCUGAAGCAGCUUGAUAAAUCCCACGAGAUCGUCUCUUCCAGAAAGACCAACUCAAGCGAGCAUGGGCGUACACCGAAGAUUAUUACCCUAGGAGGCGAUCAUACUACCACACUGCCUGCGCUACGAUCAGCCCAUCACCACUGGGGUCAAGUCAGUGUGAUACAUUUCGACAGCCAUUUAGACACUUGGGAUCCAAAGGUGUUGGGCGGAGGCAUAUCCCACUACGCUGGCGUCAACCACGGAACGUUUCUGCACAUCGCACACGAGGAAGGCUUAAUCCGGAAUACAUCGAUCCACGCUGGCAUCCGAGGAGCAAUUUUACGACCAAAAGGUGAUGUGCGGAAUGACAUUCGCUGUGGGUUUGAGAUGAUCAAGGCCCGGGAUAUUGAUCGCAUUGGUGUAUUGGGAAUUAUUGACAAGUUGAAGGCACGAGUGGGGGGUAGCAAGGUGUACAUCAGUGUUGAUAUAGAUGUGCUGGACCCGGCCUUUGCUCCUGCCACGGGAACUGCCGAGGUUGGUGGCUGGAGCACACGCGAGUUACUCUCUAUCUUGGAUGGUCUUGAAGGACUGGAUGUAAUCGGCGCUGAUGUUGUUGAAGUUGCUCCUGUAUACGACAAUGCCGGCGAGACAACAAUAUUGGCAGCUGCAGAGGUUGUACAAUCCCUUAUUGGGCUGAUGGUGAAAGCGCCAGCUUGA